AUGGAGGUCGGCUUCCUGGGGCUGGGGAUCAUGGGGAAGGCAAUGGCCCUCAACCUCCUGAGCAACGGAUUCAGGGUCACGGUUUGGAACAGGACUCUCUCCAGGGUACGGCUCUCGUUCUCAUCUUCCCCCUCUUUUUGCGAGCGGAUUCAAUCCCCGCGCUGUCUGGGGAAUUUCAGCGUCAUUUUUACCCCAGGCCCCCAUUCGAUCUGGUUUCAUGCUGGUGGAGCGGAUUCUUUUGUGACAUCUUGGCAUGUUCUGGAUGGAACUCCGAUUUAGUGAAAUGCAAAACCAUGGAAUAAGAAAAAGGAAUCAGGAAAGUUGCGAUAGCUGAAAACCGAGUGUCUGAUGGCUUACAAUGGCUUUUUCUGGGAUUCCAGUGGCGGUCGGCCAACUGACUGGUUUUGUUCAUUGAUGAUGUGUGGUCCUUCCAUGGUGAGCACGGGCGGCAGAUUCAAUAUCCACUGACGUGCUUUCUGUCAGGAGAAGAAGUUCACGAACUAUCCGAAGCCUCUAUAUGGUUACAUCUGAGUUUUCUAUUUCGUUCUUUGUGCUCGACCAGUGAUGAUUUCAACCUUCGAGAAAUCUCUUGCUAUCUAUCUCCUGCUUCCUGCCACAUCGUACGAGCACCAAGAUCUUUGCUUCUAAGCACCUUAUCAUCUAACAGUUCGAGCAUAGAAUUCACGAAACCGUCUCCAUUCAAGUCCCGAUAGCUAUAGUGUUCUUCUUUUGCUGUCAUCUUCUAUUAUUCCGUAGCAAAUUAAAAUUCUCAGGACAUCGAUUAUCAUACUGCAGUGUGAAGAGCUUGUUGAACACGGUGCCACUGUUGGAGAAACUCCUGCGGCAGUAAUCCAGAAGUGCAAAUAUACAGUAGCAAUGCUGUCUGAUCCUAGUGCUGCUCUCUCGGUCAGUAGCUCGAUACCCAGCGUUGGUUUAUUUCAAUACAAUAUAUAUCCAUCUCUAAGUCAGUGGAUGUUGUUCAGGUCGUCUUUGAUGAGCACGGUGUUCUUGAGCAAAUAACUGAAGGAAAAGGGUAUAUCGACAUGUCGACAGUGGAUGCAGAGACUUCGUCAAAAAUUAGUCAGGUCUGGUGUUUCCUAUUACAUCUUAUGUCUUGUCCAUGCGUCACAUUUAUUAUUACUUUCCAUUUGGAAUUCAUCACACCAUGAGAAAUUUUCAAAUUUUUUAGGAAUGAAAUUGAUUUUGAUAUGGUCACGUACUUAUACAGAUAACCAUGCAUACUGCCUUGUAGGAACUUCAAUGGCUAGUUACUGGCACACUAAGUUUUGCUUGACAGAUUAUGCCUUCCAUCAUCAAUAUAUGAACAACUAUCUUGCUGCAAAAGAAAAUUAUUUUGUGAAAAAUGUAUUAAGUUUCCCCAUUACUGUUCUGCAUUGUUAAGAGAUUUGGGGUUUUCGUUUUCCCAUUUAGUAUCACUGAUCAGGUUCAAAAUGCCUUGCGGUAGAGGUGCUUAUUAUUUACAUGGUAAUACCGCUGGACUCGGUAUCUAUUUCUCUACAUAUUGAUUUGUUCUCUCAAUCCAUUUAUGCGACCUUUCAAGCUUAUAAACUCCUAAAAAAGUUAAAGCCAUCUAGGAGCAUUCGAAUCUUAAUUUACUAGGUUUGGUACGCACAUUUUAAGUACUGUUCCCUCUGAGAACCAGGGCCAGAUUUUAGUUUUGAAUUGAUAACUGAUCACGUCCUUGGUUGAACUCAUGGAAUUCUGAUUCAUUGGGAAACAGUUGCGCAGAAGAUGAUGCAAAUGAGUUUUUAUCAUUUAUCUCGACAAUUUUUUCAUUCCCUCACAACUUGGAUCGGAUUCUCAAGUCUAGGAUACUUUUUACUGGAACAGGCAAUCACGGAAAAGGGUGGACAUUUUCUCGAAGCUCCAGUUUCCGGUAGCAAGAAGCCUGCUGAAGAUGGCCAGCUUGUCAUUCUGGCAGCUGGGGAAAAGGUACAUGAAUCGCUAUGUACUUCUAAUCUGAAUUGUUAUUUCCGUAUGAUAAAAAAAACAAUGUGAUUUUAUUAUUUCUAAAAAUAAAAAAAACUCCGACUUUCCAUGCACGGUCCCAAAUCCUCGGGUAAAUGUCAUUACGCUUCCUAUCCUUUUAAUGGUGGCUUAGACUUCAUAGGACUUCUAAGAGCAUCCAUUCUGCUCUCAUUUUUUAUCCGACCCGUUGAAAACAUUUGCCUUCGUCCCUAUUUGUCUACAUUCUUCUAAAGGUUAAGACCACCGGCGAGGAUUGUACCCUUGUUUCAUGUGGUGUAUGCAGCCGAACUUCACCAGAUUCUUUAGUUUUCCUAUAUCGAUGCAUCUCUCGCGUUUUUGAAAAAGUUGAUAUUAUCUUUGUUAUUUUCACAUUACAGUAAACUAUCGGUUAAGCUUCAGCCCUGAUUAGAGAUCCCUCCCUCCCUCCCUCCCUCCCUCCCUCUAAGCACGCCUUUUAAAUAUUAAAGAAAACUCGACUCUGAUAGAGAAAAAGCAGAAAGGGUUUCCUUGGUCUUAUUUCCCCAAUCCCCUGAUAGAUGCAAAAUAGCUCAGUAACCUUCUUCUGCUGAAACUGCAGACACUAUACGAGGAGGUAAUACAGAUUUUUGACGUGCUGGGAAAGAAAUCCUUCUUUUUGGGUUCGGUUGGCAAUGGAGCAAAACUGAAGCUUGUUGUCAACAUGAUAAUGGGCAGGUUUGGCGUUUCCUUUUCCCGCAGAAUAUUCUAUAUUUUUUACAAGAAUAUUUUAAAAUACAGGAAAAAAACCACUCUCCGCAACAAAAAAAAAGAAAAAAAAAGUCAAAGAUAAUAUUAUAAACUGACUGGAAUGGCAAUCGUUUUUCUGAAAUCGAGUAAUGCCUCAGACCCCUUAUUAUUGUAGGUGAAAUGCAUAUAAAUACAUUGUACAGAUGCAUCCAAUUAUCGGAUGAAUGCAUUCAAAUUUAUGCACAUGCGCACUACUUAUUAGGACACGGAAAUAAAUGUCUGAGGACAGGACGUUUUUGGCACCACCAAGAAUAAUUAUCUGGGUAGUAAACAGGAGGUGCAUGACGAAGUGUAGCUGAUGUCCUCCCACCGACGCCCAACGGCUGAGGCUGGGAAUCAUGUCGGCGUACUUUUCUUUUCUCUGUCCACAUCUCCAAGAGGGAGCCAUCAUCCUAUUAGCGUAGGUACAGCAGGGCAAAGCAUAGCCUUUCCACACCACAGUUCAUAUGGAAUUCGAGGACUCGACCGGUCUCCUCGAAAGCCCUCGAGGCGACUUUAUUAAAAUUGCCUCGACAUGGAUUCAUUUGCAAUACUUUUUUCAAGUAAUCUUACUUUUUCUCAUCGGAUCCUUGAGUGAUUCGUUUUUUUGUGUUCAUCUGCUCAAAGUCCUGCGCUUUCACCGUCCAUCUAAUGCUGGAGUUCUCCGUCCAAUCUUCCCAGCAUGAUGAACGGCUUUGCCGAGGGGCUCGUCUUGGCCGAGAGGAGCGGGCUGAGCCAGCAAACCCUCCUGGACGUGCUGGUACGAAGGGCCGGAUAAGAUCGUCGCCUCUAAUGCACCCUGACGGAGUGGCUUCUUCUUCUUCUUCUCCUUCUUCUUCAUGCUGUUUGAAAUUCUCCCUGGCAGGACCUGGGCGCCAUCGCCAAUCCAAUGUUCAGGCUGAAAGGGCCCGCCAUGAUCAACAGCAGCCACGCCCCCAACUUCCCUCUGAAGCAUCAGCAGAAGGACAUGAGGCUGGCGCUCGCCCUUGGAGACGAGCAAGCGGUGUCGAUGCCCGUUGCGGCGGCGGCCAAUGAGGUGAAUCCAUAGUUCCCAUUGUCCAUCCUCUGGGGGCCAUUCACUCAUCUCCCUGUGGGGAAUUCCUCUCUGAAUGCAGUCCUUCAAAAAGGCCAGGAGCUUGGGGCUGGGCGAGGAGGACUUCUCCGCCGUGUACGAGGUGCUCAAGGCCUCGCUUUUCAAUGCCACGGCGUGA